AUGGAGGACAGUGAUAUGUUACCUCAGAUCAUCCAUGGCAUACUAUCAACAUCUCAUUCUCUAUUUACAAAAAGUAUCCAAGAUUUUGAAGAAGAGGCCACUACAUCUUAUGACUAUGAUGAUGGUGAGCCUUGUCAUAAACCCAGUGUGAAGCAAAUUGGAGCCUGGAUCCUGCCUCCACUCUACUCUCUUGUAUUCAUUUUUGGUUUUGUGGGCAAUAUGUUGGUCAUUCUCAUUCUGAUAAGCUGCAAAAAGCUGAAGAGCAUGACUGAUAUCUACCUGUUCAACCUUGCCAUCUCUGACCUGCUCUUCCUGCUCACUCUCCCAAUCUGGGCUCACUAUGCUGCAAAUGAGUGGGUCUUUGGAAAUAUAAUGUGUAAAUUAUUCACGGGACUCUAUCACAUUGGUUACUUUGGUGGAAUCUUCUUCAUUAUCCUCCUGACAGUUGAUAGGUACUUGGCUAUUGUUCAUGCUGUGCUUGCUUUAAAGGCCAGGACAGUUACCUUUGGGGUGAUGACAAGUGGAGUCACUUGGGUGGUUGCAGUGUUUGCCUCUCUUCCAGGAAUCAUAUUUACUAAAUUCAAAGAAGAAGAUCAUCAUCACACCUGUGGUCCUUAUUUUCCACUAAUAUGGAAGAAUUUCCAUACCAUAAUGAGGAAUAUCUUGAGCCUGAUCCUGCCCCUACUUGUCAUGGUCAUCUGCUACUCAGGAAUCCUCCACACCCUGUUUCGCUGUAGGAAUGAGAAGAAAAGGCACAGAGCAGUGAGGCUCAUCUUUGCCAUCAUGAUUGUCUACUUUCUCUUCUGGACUCCUUACAACAUUGUUCUCUUCCUAACAACCUUCCAAGAAUUCUUGGGACUGAGUAAUUGUGUGGUUGCCAAGCACUUAGACCAGGCCAUGCAGGUGACAGAGACUCUAGGAAUGACACACUGCUGUAUUAAUCCUGUUAUAUAUGCCUUUGUUGGGGAGAAAUUCCGAAGGUAUCUCUCCAUAUUCUUCAGAAGGCACAUUGCCAAGCGUCUCUGCAAACAAUGCCCAGUUUUCUAUAGGGAGACCACAGAUCGAGUAAGCUCAACAUUCACCCCUUCCACUGGUGAGCAAGAAGUCUCUGUUGGAUUGUAA